GAGGUCAGAGGUCAGCCGGGACCAAGUCAAGUCAGUGUGGAUCUGGCUCCUCUGCGUGCUGCAGCCUGUGGAUGUGGAACCCUGUCGGGACCAGGUCUGGACUCUGUUGGUGUUUUAUUUGGAGGUUUUCAGACGGAGGUUCUGCGCAGGAUCGUCCGCGCCACCAGGAGCCGGUGAACCCGUAUCGUCUGACCUUUGACCCUUCAGCCACCUCCGAUGUUCCUGAAGCGAUGACCCAUCUCUACCAACGUCACCCAUCCCGUCAACAUGGUCACCCAUCACCUCGGUGACCGGCCUUCCCGCCACCAAACCCCGGCCUCCUCUCUCUGCACCCGUCCAAUCAGCUGCAGGGAUGCACGUGAUGGGCAGCGUCUCCCCGGCCAAUGAGAAGGAGGCUUUCUCCCUGCAGGAGGAGGGCGUGGCCGUAGCUGUGCCGACGUUGCCUCCUUCUCCCCCUCGUCUUCAGUCAGGAUGUUCUGAUAUCAACCUGAUCAGACCUGCUCCUCCUCCUGCUCCUCCUCCUCCACCUCCUCCUCCUCCUCCUCUCCUUCCUCCUCCCCCUCCUCCAAUGCCACCCCUGCUCCCGGGGCUGGGAAACCCCGUAGGAGGGUUGAGGAAGAAGAAGAGAGUGAGGAGUUUCUUUUGGAAGACGAUACCGGCGGAUCAGGUAAAGGGGCGGCCCAACCUCUGGACUCAGGGCGGAGUCCAGCAGCACCAGAUCGACGUUCAAACCGUCGAGGAGCUGUUUGGUCAGAAGGAAAACUCCAAGGCCACGCCCACCAUGGGAGGCAAGACCAGGAGCUCGUUCAGGGAGGCCAAAGAGGAGGUCACCAUUCUGGACUCUAAGCGGGGCAUGAACAUUGGGAUUUUCCUCAAACAGUUCAAGAGGUCCAACCAGACAAUAGUGGAUGAUAUUCACCAUGGCAACAGUGAAGCUUAUGGGGCGGAGCCUCUGAGAGAGUUGCUGAAGCUGCUGCCAGAGACAGAUGAGGUGGAGAAGCUGAAAUCGUACCGAGGUGACAUCUCAAAGCUCUCGUUGGCGGACUCCUUCGUGUACCUGCUGAUUCAGCUCCCCAGUUACUUGGUGCGAAUCGAGUCCAUGCUGCUGAAAGAGGAGUUUCCUGGAGCGUGUGAGGUCAUGAAACGAGACAUCAAGAUCCUUCGCUCCGCCACCAAAGAGUUAAUGCGUUGUGAGGAGCUCCAUGCUGUUCUCCACCUGGUGCUGCAAGCUGGAAACAUCCUCAACGCUGGAGGUUAUGCUGGGAACGCAGUGGGCUUCAAGCUGUCGUCCCUCCUGUCUCUGGCCGACACGAAGGCCAACAAACCGGGCAUGAACCUGCUGCAUUUUGUGGCUCUGGAAGCUCAAAAAAAAGACGACAAGCUGUUGGAGUUUCCCGUCAAGUUAAUUCAUGUCCAGCCGGCAGCAAGGAUCUCUUUGGAGACUCUGGACUCUGACCUGCAGUGUCUGACGACUCGCACAAACUCAGUCGAGGAAAAUGUCCAGAAAGACACGGAGCUGCUGCAGCAACUGGACGACUUCUUGCAGUCGGCCACGUCGUCUCUGUGCUCGCUGCGCUACAGCCGGCAGCAGCUGAAGAAGGAAGGCAGCGAGCUGAUCGAUUUCUUCUGCGAGGACAGAGAGACGUUCAGACUGGACGACUGCUUCAGCAUCUUCAACACCUUCUGCACCCGGUUCACUGACGCUGUCAAGGAGAACAUGGAGAGAGAGGCUAAAGAGGUAGCACGUCGCCGGCGGAUCCAGGAAUUAGAGGAGCAGAAGAGGCACUCCUGGGCCGGUGGUGAGGAGGUGGGUGGAGCAUUUGGACUGCGCUGCAGCAGUGAGGCAGAUAUGUCAGUUGCCAUGUCGAGACACAGCGAGGCCGGGCUGCUGGUGGAGCUCCUGACCCGUCCACGCUCACCCAACACUCUGGGGCGCUCUGGAAGCUUACGCCGCUCACGAAACUCUCCGUCCACCUCACCGUCCGCUGCUGCUGAGCGUGAACUGAGCACGCUCUUGAGGAUGGGGACCCAUGAGCACAAUGAGCAGAAAGCUUUUCUAUCAACCUCACCUGAAACAAGAGGUCCCGGACUCACCCUGCAGGCUCGGCCGCAGAGCCCGAGGCUCAGGACAUGCAGUUUCCCCCAACACCAGCAGCCUAAAGUGCAAACCCCCUCCUCCCCUCCGAAGAUCGUUUUGAGUACAAACAAUGCAACCACCACUUACCUCAGCUGUGAUGCUACGCCACAUCGAUUCAACACCAACCCCACAACUAAAGACACAGUCACACCUACCUCUGAUGCAAACCAGCAAUCUGACCACAACAACAAUGGUAAAGAUGGAGUCGGCUUGAGUUUGAGCAGCAAAGGAACUCCUCCAGAUCAACAACAAACUCGAUUCAGCUCAUAUGGGGAGCGAGUGAGAAUCAGGAAAGAGGAUCAGGACCUUGACAGUGACAGAAAGCUUGAAUCAGGCAUGUCUAUGGUUGUAGAGAAAUGCACACUAGUGCCUGAGCUUAAGGUCUUUGACAAAGUGACCAGCCAUGACAAAGGGCCUUGCACUGGUCACCGGCAAGGACAUCAACAGGAGGAUAUGGUAGUGACAGAUUUGGAAGAGGAGGUCCAAAAUGCACAGAAUAACUCUGAAAAAUCUGAUGCGCAAAUUUCCGGAACAAACUCUUCCUCGUUGCAAAGUGAGGACGAGGACCAGAAAGAGGAGAUGGUGAUUGUUUGGUGUGUGACCAGUGUGUGUGAGGCAGCCAGCGAACUCUCAAACACAGACACUCAUACAGAAACUGAUCAUCAGCGAAGGAAAGACUAUCAUGGAGGAAGUCAGCAAGCUUCCUCUGCCUCAGCCAAUGGCAUGCCUUUAAAACCUCAACUGGCCAAUGAGAAGAAAGUGCCUGUUCCAAUCAGCAGCCAACCGGUGCCUGUUUCCCGCUGUGACAAUCCAUCACUUCAAGACACCUCCCCAAGAUGGCGCCCAGCAGAGUUUCCAUCAGCCGAUGAGUUGCCUGAUCUCACCAUAGAUGCCUCCAAGGAAGUUAAAGAACCAGCCAAUCAAGAAGAGGACACCAAGGGUUCAACAAAGGACAAGGAAGAUUUAAGGAUUGCUCAACCUCAAUUCACCAAUCAUGCAACUAAAGAAAAGGAAGAUUCUCCUUCCAAAGCAAAGGCAGAACUGGAAACUUUGUCCAAACCAUCCAUUAAGAACCUCCCUACCUCCAAGACUAGACCGGCUGGGAUCAAACCAGCGACCCACAGCACCAGCUUGACCCCCAAGUACAAGCCGGUCCGCACACUCACCAACUCAGAGAACCAGGGCAUGAGGCGGGUAGUUCCUAUCUCAAGAGCCAGCCGAGGGAUUCCCUCCCUGGGCAAACAUCCGGAGAAGCCUUCUGGAACCCAACAAGGCUCGUCCAGCACGGGGACACCCGCCAGUCUGAAGGUCUCCAACGUCAACAACGCAUCCAUCCGACGAGGAGAGAGGCCCUCGACUGCUCCUUUAUCCCGACGCUCCAGCAUCCACAAGGAUUCAAAGGCCCCAGGUACCCAGGCAUCUUCCCGAGAGCAGAACCAGGACUUGCAAAGGAAGCCAUCCAUCCGGAGGACCCCAGCAAAACCCAAACCUCAACCUGAAGAGAAGAUGUGUCGCUCCACACUAAGGGCGCUUGCUCAAGGCGGAGGCGGGGGGGGAGGGGGCAGCGUCAGUGCCCCUGCUACUCCCAUGCACAAAGCCAGUACCCCUUCAUCCUCAGCGCUUCCAAGUUUUGCUCGAAACACCGCCGCUUCUUCUUUCAGACGGACUCACACCCCUCUUGUCCCACAUACUCCUCCUCAUCCAUCCAACACUGGAACAGACACCUCGCCCAAGACCGGCUCCCUCUCCACGGUCACCCUACCAGGCACCUCUUCCUCUUUUACCCGAACAGGCUCAUUAAGAAUCUCCACCUCCUCCAGAUCCUCAGAUCUCCUCAACAAGUCCUCCUCCUCCUCCCUGUUGACAAGGUCUCAGAGCAUCAGGGUGCCUUCUCGCUCAUCCCCCAAUGACUCGCUAGGUCCCCCUAGAGGACACAGACGGAAUGACAGUGGGACCUUCUCUGAGAAAUCAAGUCAUUCUAAAGACUCAAGCAAAUCCACAAGGCCAGGCUGGAGAUAACAGGACAUAUCUGGAGAAUGGGAAGACUGAGGGGACUUAAGAGGACAUAUCCCAAUUUGAAGUACAGAGUCUUAUUGAUGAAGGAAUGACAGGAUGCGUUCCAGAGCACAAAUCUUGUGUUUUGUUGGAAAUAUAAACGAAAAUGGCGCCCAGUCCCUUUUGAGGUUUGGAGCAUUCAGUCCAAAAUAAAGAUCAGUUGGUUUCUUUA